CCAACAGUUGACUAUUCAAUUAUCAUCGUCUAGUGAUUUUCAUGAACAUCCUCCGUCAAACCGGCUACCUUUCCGCCCGCAGUUUCACGAUCCGAUAUCAUCAGCCCCUAACUCGACGAUUUAUCCGGACCGGAGCACCGAAGAUGGAGUCAAUCCCCGUCGUCACGUAUGGACGAAGGGCAGAGAUCGCGACGGCGAUUCAAAAGCUGCUACUUCCAGAAUACGACGUCGUCCACAUCAUCCUAGACCUCCCUACCGCCCUCCACGAAAUCCCCCUCAUCCUCACCCUUACCCCCCCUUCCCCCGCAUCCACCCUCGGCACUAACGCCGCCCGCGCCGCCGCCAACGAGCCGCUGCGUACCCCCAAGGCGGUGAUCUUUGGCGGCGGGAUCCCCGACGAGGAGGUGGCGCAGGUGAAGGCGGCGGUGUCGGAGGAGCAGCGGGGGGAGGUACUGUGGGUGAAUUUGACGAUGGAGGAUUACGCGCGGCAGGGGGUCCAGCAGGGGCCGAGCCCGCCGGUGGCGAAUGUGUUGGUGAGGGAGAAGUUGAGGGAGGGGGGGUUGUAG